UCAGUACAUGUCAUCUUGAAACUUAAGUCAUUGGCAAUAGAGGUGACAGCAGGGUGUCAUCUAUUGGGCAUUAACAUGUCGAGCACUAGUAUACCACCACCUUAUUCGUACUUGUAGGUCUCAGUUGUAUUGUUCGCAAACAUAAUCUCGACUGCACUUACAGAGAUUACAGUGGUUCUUUACUGUCUUUACAAAGUCGUAUUUUAGGCCACCAAAUCUGGGCUCUAUAGACGAAAUGUCAGACAAUUGAUGCCUGCACCUGCUAUCGUUAUCGGCUUCCAAAUACAUGUCAUAGCCAAACAACCAUUGUACAUAGAUCUAUUGUUUCUCACGAAUUUACAACAAUGGAUAUGUUUACUUUGUUGUUUUAUCUAGUUCUAACAUCAUUAAAUAUCAGAGGUUCGCUCAGUCAAUAGAGGACUCGCAUACAAUACGUAUAGGCUCAGUCAAAUAUUUAUUCUAACAUUAUUUGUAAAACUUGAGUGUAAAAUGAUUAAAUAUCUCGGAUUUUUGCUUCUUUUAAACAGCAUUUUUACUGAAGAAGAUUACGAUUACAGAUAUGACUAUAAUGAUGACGAUAUCUCGAAUGGAGAUGAUUAUGUGUACAAUAAAACAGAUAAAGCUAGACCUAAAAGAAUAUAUAUUGAUGGUGUCAAUAAUGACGACCGUAAUUUUGUUAAUAACACUUAUAACUAUAUUUUCAAAGAAGGUUAUCAGGAUGAAGUGAACAUACUAGAUGAUACUAUACCCAAAUACGCCAAGAAGAUACACAAGAGGGACUGUAAAUACCCGAGUAGCAGCGAAGAGAGUAUCCACAACCCGGAGCCAAACACCAAAGACGACAUAUCCACAUAUCCAUUCGUGGCGUCUGUGCUCCGCAUGGGCUCGCACUACGCUACUGGCGUGCUGGUGGAUAAGCGGUGGGUGCUGAGUGCUGCUGGGGUGUUUAACAACGUUCGAGAAUCCAUUAAACUGUACAGAGUACGCCUAGGCUCUGUAAACUGCAAGCGUGGUGGCCUCCUAAUGCCGUUGCAGCAGAUUGUGAUCCACCCGUCGUAUAUGCCCGGCAAGCCAGAAAGCGACCUGGCCAUGCUGCGUCUAGCUCAGCCGGCGGAUCUCAGUCCCACCAUCCAUCCCGUUAGCUUGACUGAGAGGAAAGGGAGGGUGGAAAUCAGCAAGUUUCUGACGAUGUACUGGCCGCGGCUGAUUGUGGACGGGAAACCCCUCCCAGCAGACGCGAAAGAACGGCAACAGCACACCAGCAUGCGAGUGUCGACACAGCGGGUGCUGCCGUGGAAGCAGUGCUGGCGGGCUCUGAGCCAGCGCCUGCAAGAGCUUACGCAGAACAGCUUCUGUCUGCGGCCUUUGAAGCGGUUCCACACUCUCUGCUUGCCCGACGUCGGUGCACCAGUGCUGUCUUCAGACGGAUUAUGGGGCAUAAUUUCUGGGUGGGUGGGCGAGCCCUGCAGCUACAAAGACCCCUGCCCUGUCGUGGUUGCCCGCAUAUCUCCGCCAUCCAUAAAAUAUUGGUUAGAGUCUCAGUUUGAACUUGAAGACUAAGAAGAAGGAAUCUUCUGGACAUUUCAAGCGCUAACAUAUUCCCAGAGUCAAUUGAAAAGUCGUUUAGACAUCGUUGGAAUGUGACGUAGAGUUUGGGUAUGGGUUGUUCUAAUUGUAAAAAUCUGUGCAGCAAUUGAACAGAGUUUUGAGACUGAAUCAUGCUAGAACGGCCCGAGUCCGGGCCGAGGCUUUCGACGCUUUGUUUUCUGUGACGGUAAUCACGUGAUGCUUUCUAAUAGAAAACUGAAGUGUCGGAUGCUUCGGCCCGGAACCGGAUCAUUCGCCACAUCCUGUUAAACUAACAAAGUUCGUCCGUUCCGUUUUUUUUAAAACAUCAUGUACAUAUUCAUAGAAAGUGUAGGUAUAGACAAAACACGAAUACACCGCGAAGCACAAAAAAAUCCAGUCUCAAAUUUACAUUUGUGCGUAGGUAUACGCGUCAGC